CCUAGACCAACCCCCUUGCUUUCUUGUUUGCUCGUUUCUUCUUCUGGCUCCCUCUCUUAUAAAUCUUCUUCUACACUUUUUCUCUCUUUCUCUCUGCUGAACAGAGCUUCAUGUUAAAUAAUUGCAUCGUCAAUUACGGCUAUGGAUGAAUCUGGCCGAGCUUGUGUUGAUGAUCAAUCCAAGUCAUCUUCAUCUUCAUGUUCUCGAGGACACUGGAGACCCGCUGAGGACGACCAACUCAUACAACUUGUUGAACAAUAUGGGCCACAAAAUUGGAACUCGAUCGCCGAGAAACUCCAUGGAAGAUCAGGGAAGAGUUGCAGAUUGAGAUGGUUUAAUCAGCUGGACCCAAGAAUUAAAAGGAAACCAUUUAGUGAAGAAGAAGAAGAGAGGCUACUGGCGGCGCAUCGAAUCCAUGGAAACAAAUGGGCGUUAAUAGCCAGACUAUUCCCUGGUAGAACCGAUAACGCUGUGAAGAAUCAUUGGCAUGUUAUUAUGGCUAGGAAGCAAAGAGAGCAAUCUAAGUUGUGUGGAAAAAGAACUCACCACGAUGAGGUUCAAAACCAUGGAAUUAGUACUACUAUUGAUAGUACUCAACCAAUGAAAUUAAGUUGUCAAGAUUUGUUCAAUUAUUCAAGAUUUGGGCUUGAAAGUAGUAGUACUAGAGAUAGGAUUUUCACAGCUUCAUCACCAUCUAAUUCCCCGGCGGCUUCAUGGUCAUUUGCUACCACAUUAGACAAUAGUUCAUCUUCGAUGUCAAGAUUUGCAGAUAGGUUUUCCAUUAAUUACAUGAACUCUUCGGGUUAUGGCAGCGCGUAUUGGACUCCGAAUAGUAGUGAUUUUGGGAUUUCAAAUUGCAGGAGGAUUAAUGUUCCUGGUCCAUUUGGGUACUUCAAGCUUGAUGAUCAAGAAUUUGAAAAUGGUGGUGGGAUGAUGAAGAAGAAAAGAUUGAUGACGAAUAAUUCGUCGACAUUAGCGAAUAUGAUGAAAGUGAGUAAUCAGGAAAAGCAAGGAGAGGAGUCUACCAAACAUGCUGAUGUCCCAUUCAUAGAUUUUCUUGGUGUGGGUAUAUCUUCUUGAUCACUUAAUCAAACACCUCUAUAUAGCUAGCUAUGUAUAAUUUAAUUUCUUAUAUAAGUAUUGACAUAUAGUUUGUUUCUUCAUUUUGAGUACUUGAUUUUUCUUUUUUUUGUUUUUUCAUCUUAGUUCAUAUAUAUAUAUAUAUAUAGGCUUGCUUCUACAUAUAUAGCCUCCUAUAAGAGCGCGCACUUGCAUUGGUAUUUGUAAAAUCACAUAUAUUCUGGGUUUUAAGGUUCAAAACAUGAAAUGCUACUGUAAAUGAUUUGUUUGGUUA